UAUCUAUCGUUGCAAGCGGUGAUUUUUAUUUCCGGAAGUAUAAUAUAUUCAUAUCUCUAUUACCCUGUAAGUGACGUAAUUGGAUGUAGCUACGGGAAAAGUGUUCGAAUUGAUUGAGGAGAAGCUAAGAUGGCGGCGGCUGGAGGUAGCGGCGAUUUGGACGCAGGAGGCCACGGCGACGCAGAUGUCAGCCUCCCUGGACUGGAGGGCGAGGCGGGGCCAGACUCAGAGGCUGACUCGGAGGUGUUUUCGUGCAUGGCCCACUGCUCCGACCUCGCCUGCCGCCAGAACGAGCAGCGGCGGUUAGGCCUCUUCUGUGACGUCACGCUAGCCUUCAGUGGCGGCAGCAAUGAGGAGGAAGAAGAAGAGGAGGAGGAGAAGGGAGUGGGCGGGGCCUCCUCCGAUCCCCCACCGCGAGAGUUCCGGGCGCAUCGCUCGGUCCUGGCAGCGGCCACCGAAUACUUCGCUCCUCUCCUUCUGGGCGACUUUGCGGAGUCCCGCUCGGGGCGGGUGGAGUUACGGAAAUGGAGUUCGGGAGCGGGACCAGACCCGGAGACGAUCGAGGCGGUCAUCAGCUUCAUGUACACGGGGACCGUCCGCGUCAGUCCUGGCAACGUGCACGAGAUUCUGGAGUUGGCCGACAGGUUCUUACUAAUACGUCUAAAAGAGUUCUGCGGGGAAUUCCUCAAGAAAAAACUGAGUCUCUCCAACUCUGUAGCCAUUCACAGCUUAGCUCAUAUGUACUCUUUGAACCAGCUGGCUUUAAAAGCUGCUGAGAUGAUCAGGAGGAACUUCUACAAAGUUAUCGAAGACGAAGAGUUCUAUACUUUGCCAUUUCACCUUAUUAGGGACUGGCUUUCAGAUUCAGAAAUCACAGUGGAUGCCGAAGAGAUUCUCUUUGAGAUGGUUUUAAAGUGGGUCCAGAGAAAUCCUGACGAAAGAGAAAAGUAUUUUGAAGAGCUCUUUAAGCUUCUCCGACUAUCACAAAUUAAACCAACCUAUUUGACUCGGCAUGUUAAAUCUGAAAAACUGGUAUCAAGCAAUGAAGCAUGCCUCAAACUUGUGUUGGAAGCAGUGGAAAGCCAUGCUCUCAAGGGUGAGAAUUUUCAGAUGGGUACACUCCAACAAGCUAACUCCCCCAACUCAUCUCUGCCUCGUUUUGGCCAAAACAUGGAUGUUAUCAUGGUUAUUGGUGGUGUGUCUGAGGGAGGUGAUUACUUGAGUGAGUGUGUAGGGUAUUUUAUUGAUGAAGAUAGAUGGGUGAAUUUACCACACAUACACAAUCACCUUGAUGGACAUGCUGUGGUAGUAACCGAAUCCUAUCUUUAUGUGGCAGGUUCCAUGGAGCCUGGCUUUGCCAAGACCAUGGAAAGGUAUAACCCAGGUAGAAAUGUUUGGGAGCAGGUUUCAAAUCUCAUAACCAGAAAGCAUUCUUUUGGACUUACUGAGGUAAAGGGAAACCUGUACAGUAUUGGUGGCCAUGGGAAUUUCAUCCCUGGUUUUAAAGAUGUAGCUGUCUACAACCCUGAUCAAGAUAAGUGGCACAACUUAGAGUCUGCCCCAAAGAUACUCCGGGAUGUUAAAGUGAUUACAAUAGACAACAGAUUUGUUUACAUGGCAGCUCGCACACCAGUUGAUGGAGAUAAUGAAGAUGGCUUACGGUCUGUCAUUAUUUGCUAUGAUGCAGACACACGACAGUGGCGAGAUUGUGAGGCUCUGCCACUCCUUGACAACUAUUGCUGCUUCCAAAUGGUUGUGGGGAACACCAACUUUUACCACACGGCUUCUUGUUGUCCCAGAAGCUAUCCUCUAGACCAUGAAGAGGCCAAGAGAAAAAUCUCUAACCAAUUACCUGAUGAUAUUCUGGAAAGCUUACCAUCAGAGGUCCUUAGCAUUGAAGGGGCAGCUAUCUGCUAUUACAAAGAUGAUAUCUUCAUCAUAGGUGGAUGGAAAAACAGUGAUGAUACUGAUAAACAGUACAGAAAAGAGGCCUACCGCUACUGUGCUGAGAAGAAGCGUUGGCUGUUACUCCCUCCUAUGCCUCAGCCUCGCUGCCGUGCUACAGCCUGUCACGUUAGAAUCCCUUUUCGGUCCUUACAUGGUACCCAAAAAUAUCCAAUGCCGCAAAAUCUAAUGUGGCAGAAGGACCGGAUCCGGCAGAUGCAGGAGAUACACCGACAUUCCUUAAGUUUACGGAGAAUGCCUAGGUCUCAGAUAGAAUGCUAGCUUGAAUAAAUGACAUCAGAAAUACCUGUCUGUAAUUGUCGUGCCUAGCAUGGACUAAUAGUCACCAAACUGCUUAAGCAUUGGAGACAAAGCUUUCUUGGUGUUGAAUUUGAUCUGGAUUUCAAGCACCAUGUGGAAAUUUGGUUUAUACUGGCCAUAUAUAUGGAGGUAGGCAGACAUAUAAAAUGCUUAGAGCCUGUUGGUUUCUCCACAAAUACGAGUCCAACAAAAUAAUUGUUCUUGCACUUUGUGAAUGCGUUCAGGUAGUACAAAGAUUUAGCACAGCUUUUUCAUUACAUUUUUUGUAGGACUCACUUUUGUGUAUUGGAUCACCUCAUCCCACUAUAACAUUUAUACAGCUCAUGUGAAAUAUUCUAGUUUGUUGUAAAUUGCUGGUAUGUAUGGAAAACACCAUUUCAUGAUUUUCUUAAAAAUAUUUUUAUCUGCUUUUGCAGAGGUAUCUCCUUUUUUUAAUCUGCUGUAAAUCUGCUUAUUUCUGUCAAAUUUGGAGGUGUGCAGUAGUAGUAAAGUUUACAAAAGGAAUAAAGCACAAACUUUCUAAGAGCUUCAACAUGUUCCAUGAUUAUAAAUACUUUAAAACUGUAUUUAUCUAAAAGCACUUGAAGUUGCUAAAUAGUAAAUCUAAUAAUAAUUGUCACUCAUAAAAUGGAAAUGGCCUGAGUUGUUUGAGGAGAUCACUAUUAUUUUUAGUAAUGAUCAUUCUGCUAUUUAAUUGCCACACAGAUUUUUCAUUAAUGAAUUUUAUUUAAUUGGUUCAGAAUUGUGGCCUUAAAACAUGAAUUAAAUGACCAAAAAGAUCCUAAUUCAUAGUAAAUAUUUGUGAGUUCCACGUGGAAAGAUUAAAGCUGUAAACUCGGGUGUCAAUAUCUGGACAAGUUUAACUACCAUCUGAUCUAUCUUUGACAAUCAAAAAAAGUGAUACACCAUUCUUUAUGUGGACAGUGGGUGCUUCAAUUUUGAGUAGAAAAUUUGCCUGAGCAAUUAUUCUGGACAUUAAUAACCCAUAACUCCCAUAUUCUAAUUAUAUUUAGAUAUUUAUAUGGCAGCAUAUAAAGUUUAUUUUCACCCAAGAUAAUUCAUGAUAUAAAUUAUUUGCUGCUUUUUGUCUUCUCCACAAGUCUGGUAGUAAGCAGAGUCUUAUUUUAUUUAAAGUUCUUUCUGAUAGUUUAAUGGAAGAUAGAGAAUAUAUCCAGAUGAAAGAAAUGUAUUUUUAUUGGACUAAACUUAGGUUUUAGAAUGCUAUAGAGUUGUUCAGGCAGGCAAACUGAUAUGAAGCAUUUAGGCAAUAUUUAAUGUAUGCUUGUUGAUCCAAUAUAAUAUUUUAUUUUAUUUUACAAAUUAUUCUGCAUCAUAGGUAUAUGUCUCAAUGUGUUAAAAACGUAACAUGAUAUCCUGAAGUAUUUUUUUAUGGAAUUUAUUAAUAUUGCAUUUAUUACUUAUCUUUUACUUCUUUUUCUAAAAACCUGAAUAUAUAUUUACAUUAUUUAUUCUGUCUCUUCAAAUGAUUGAAAUAAAUUACUCCAGAAACCAUCUCUGGCUAGGUAGAACAUCUUUUAAUUUUUUCUCUUUGCUUUGUGUCAGAAAUAUAAAGAUGCAGUGAUGACAAUGUCUAAGAAAGUUUUAAGAAAAAUCUAGAUCAGAUGCAGGCGAUCAUCAAAUGAUCUGCAAGUAGAAUACUCAGAAAAAGAAUUGGCUUCUUCAUCUAAUUAUUUUCUGAGAAGGAGAAAUAGUAGACUUCAUCUGUCUACUUUUCUCAUCUAUUAAUUUUUCUUUUAAUAAAUCUAGAUUUAUCUUUGGGAGGACUAAGAUGAGAUAAAUAGAUAAACUCAGUAUGGGAGAAUCAUGUAUUGGGCAAUAUUAUUAUUGAUGGUAUUUGACUGGUAAAUAACAAUGACUUACUUAAAUUUUAGAAGCACAUUUUUUAAAAUAUAAAAAACAAUUACAGACUGACCAAUGCUGUUUUCCAAUUUAGCAGGAAACCUAAUUCAUGUUUGAGAUACUGGGGUAAGUGUUUCAAUUGCAUGUGUGCAGAUUUUUCUAACUUAUCUUUGCUCUUCUAAUACUUCUUUUUAUUAUAUAGCUGUACAGUGAGUGGGGGGCAGGAUUAAUCUUGUGGGCUGAAGUAACAAUCCUAAUAUCAAAUUAACAUGUUUUUGUGCGACACUGUCACAGACAUUAACAAUCAAGUUAUGCCGCUUGCCUGCCUUAAAGAUACUAUGUUUUUACCAGCCACUUUUUUAUGGUGUAAUAGCUGCUUCAGAAAGCAAUUUAUCUUCUGGAAAUCUUUUGACAUUCCAAAGCUGCAGGGUAUAAACUCCCUUCCUCAAAAUUAUUAUCUGAAGUACUAAUUAAGUAUGCUUCUUAAGAACAUAAUCUAACUCCAAGCCUAGACACAUUUGUGUGCAAAAUUUUAAACUGUUUAAAUGAAAAUUGUACCUUUUCAAUUUGUUAUUUUUCUUAGAUCUCUCAGUAUUCCCCUUAAUCAUAUAAUAUAGCUAUAGCUGUGGUAUUUGAAAUUGUUAUUUAUUUAGUAAUGACAACCUUGACAAAAUUUCAAUUACCUGAAAUUAAACACAUUUGAAAUCUUUAUAGUAGUAUAUAUUGCCUUCAUUGCAAAUAUUUUGCUAAAUAUUGUGCUUAAUAUUAGCACAAAUAAUCUGUUGACUAUAUUAAUUAAAAUGCUUGUUCAAAAUGCUUGUUUAGUCUGAUAAGAUUUGUACAAUUUUAGUUAUGAGUCACUUUGGUUGUUUGUGAAUGCAGUCACUUUAGCUAUUUACAUGCCUUGCUUGGAAAUUUCAGUUUGUAUGAAGAGGUAAGAGCAGCAUGGAAAGCAGUCACCUUGUAUAAUACGUAGCAUCAAAUGUCAGAAUGUCUUGAUGUCUGGCUAUUAAGCUACUAACUUGUUCCUUUGGUCUGAAAGCACAACUCUGGUUUGCAUGUGGUUUCUUAUUCUUAUUUAGUAUGACAAUCAUUUUAUGGACAAAAUCUAUUUCAAAUUAUUGCAGUGGAGAUGUUCAAAGACAGGCAGACAUCAAAGCUAGAUAGAGUCUUAGGAGACAAUAUUUUUUGAGCUGCAUUUCUAUUGAAAAAAUAUAUGGUUCAACAAAAGUUUGCCUUUUAUGAUCUAAAGAAGUAUCAUAGAUUUUUUAAAAUAAUAAACGGGCAGUAUUACUAGAGUAAUAGUGUCUGAAGGAUAUAUUAAUAGGCAAUAUCCUCUUCAGAUAUUGGACCUCCUAUUUUGUGUUUGUGUCUCUGUUUCACUAAGGCUCAAUUUUCACAAAAAAAGUAACUACAUAUAUUAAUACAAUGUUGUUAUGGCAAUCUAUUAUUACUAUAACAUCUGCAACAAAAAACAUUAGAAAUAUGUUGUUAAUCAUUCUUAACAGUAUGAUAAUAAGCCAUUUGCAAGAAUUCCUACAAAAGAAUAGCUCUUUUCUAUCUUAGACUCACAUUGUGCAAAUGACACUUGAUGUGGGAAGAGUGACUAAGGAGAAGGUGGAGAGUUUUCCUGUUUUGCAGUAUCAGCUGGUCUGUAAAAUGUUUUGUGGAAGUAUAUAAGUAGCAAAUUUUAAACCUAAUUUUCUCCCCCAUCAAUAUCUCUUACAAUUCUGGGAAAGGAUUUAAAUCUGUUAAUGACAUAAAUUGAUGCUCAGUUGUAUGCCAAGCUGAUACUGAUGGAUUUCUUAACUUAUGGCCUCCUCUGAAUUUGAAAAAACAUAGUAAAAAUAUAACACGUUAUAAAAUAUAAAAUAAUUUAUCCUAAGAAUUCAUAAUGGAUCAGGAAUUCAUAAAAUAACUUCCCAUUUCAUUUUCCUGUUAUGAUCCUAAUUUUCAUCUGGUCUGUUCCUCAAUAAACGGGUUAGCUCUCAGACUACAAUGCAGAAUUUUCACCUUGUUCAGGCAGAAUACUCUUGAUGCUAUGCUGGCCUCUAAACUUUAUUUUUUUAAAUGCAAUUCAUUAUGUGCUAUAUUACAUUGUGUAAAACUAAAGACUAAUUCAAUAAACAUUUUAUUUCUCUA